AUGAAUUUGGAAAUGAAUGCACCUCUCCUCCGACCCUCAACUCCAACUUCCACACACACCACCUCCUCAACGUCUUCCACCAACCACAGCUUCAAAUCCAGCCAUAGCAGACCACUCUCCACAUACACCACACUAUUUUCCCACUCCAAAUCCCCCAGUCUCAGUUCCCAAUCAUCAGGCUCUUCUCUGAAAACCUCCAGCACCCUCUCACGCACACGAUCUCUCUACACCAAAUUCAAUACCGAAGUGCAAUUUAUGAAACUGAAAUUAUCGACUCGAAGAAGAAAGGACAAGGGCAAAGAAGGGCGAUGGGUUAAGAUUGAGGGAGAAGAAGAAGGUGAGAGGAGGAUCGAGAUGGUUUGGAGGAGGAUGGAUGGUGGACAGGGAAUGAUUCCUUAUGGUGGAGUGGGAAGGGAAAGAUUGGAUUGA